AUGUGGGGGGGAGAAGCAGAGAACCCUCAGAAAAACUCCUUCUUGAGCCGCCUGGAGCUGCGUUUUUUAUUGAAUCCCCGGCGUGACCAAAUACUCUCACUCUCACGGUCAUCGCUGUUGCCCCUCCCGUGCAGUGCAGCUCCAACUUUGAAUUCUGGGGUUGUACGACUUCAUCGAGCACCCGAAAGCGUCACUAAAGAUUCCCGCCUGACUGUAUACCCCGCAGACGUGCACCCUCAGAAGCCUGCGGCGGCCACGCAUCAGCAGUUUCUCUUACCCAAAGACGUGCGCCUCGCCCACAUCUCCGCUGUCGAGACGCCGAAAUAUCCGCCUCCAGUAGUGCGGAAUAAGGGAGGAGCAGAGGAACAUGUUCAGCAGGCUGAUGCAAUUCCGUCUCUCGCACCUGAAGUUCAUCUCCAUUCUGAUGAAUUGAGUCCAAGCACUUCCGUUGGGGGCAGCAAGCAAACGCACUUCAGCCCCUUUGCCUUCUUGCAGGAGUCACCCGUACCGAGUACAGUUAUUUUGAUCGUCGUGGGCACCGCUCUUCUCCUGUUGCUGAUCGUCAUUGCCAUUAUCAGUCAUUAUGCCCUCGCAAGUCGCUCGUCAGCGCGGCGAGGAAGCGUUGGGUACCCCAGACAGCAGCAAUACAACAGCCAAUCUGACCCAUGCGAGACCUCAGUGCCGGCGUUCAAUCCAGACGUGUUCUCGGCUGCUGUUGCUGCAAGUCGCCAGUUCUCCCCCUUAAAUUCCUUCAAUUCUUUGUACAACUUACCCCCCGGGUUUAUCGAGCGCAAGACUCCAAGGGAGAUUGAGUACGAGAGGCGCGUGAUGAACACCCGUCUGGCGCCGCAUUCCGAUUCGCCUCAAAGGACUCACUCUAGGCACCUUGAGUCUCCACCUUCACCCAGAGAAGGGAAGAACACUGUAGGCUGA